UUGCAAUUAUUUGCCAAUCGCAAUAAAGGAUGGCACUUUAUAUCGCCAUCGAUAUAGUCUUUAUUGCUGUUACACUUGUAGCAGCAAAGGAUUCUCUCCAUCCUCUCUCUGACGAGUUCAUAUCGCUAAUCAACUCCAAGCAAAGUUCAUGGAAGGCCGGACGAAACUUUCCCCUGGACACUCCUCUUACCCACAUCAAGGCAUUAAUGGGAGUAGUCAAAAACCCAUUGUCACCCAAGCUUCCCGCUAUAACCCACGACGCUGACUUAAUCACCAGUUUACCAGAAAACUUCGAUCCUAGAGAAAAAUGGCAGAACUGCCCGAGUUUAAACGAAAUAAGGGACCAAGGAUCAUGCGGUAGCUGCUGGGCGUUCGGAGCUACUGAAGUUAUGACCGAUCGAGUCUGCACUUAUUCUAAUGGUAAAAAACAGUUCCACUACUCAGCACAGGAUUUAGUAAGUUGCUGUACAGAUUGUGGUGAUGGGUGCGAAGGCGGUCAACCGCCUACAGCGUUUCUGUACUGGAAAAACGAUGGUAUCGUGUCUGGAGGGCAAUAUAAUUCGUCUCAAGGUUGCAGGCCGUACGAAAUCCCUCCGUGCGAGCACCACGUAGAUGGACCGAGGCCAAAGUGCAAUGGUUUCGAUAAAACGCCAGAGUGCUUGAAUAAAUGCACAGCUGGUAAUGUGGAGUAUAAGAAAGAUAAGCACCGCGCGAAAGAAGUUUAUUCUAUUCAUGGUGAAGAUAUUAUUAAAGCGGAAUUGUAUACUAAAGGUCCCGUUGAGGCUGAUUUCAUUGUAUUUGAAGAUUUCCUUAAUUAUAAAAGCGGCGUGUACUCGCACACAUCUGGAGGGGCCGUGGGUGGUCAUGCUAUUAAGAUCUUGGGAUGGGGCGUUGAGAACGGUAAGAAGUACUGGUUAUGCGCCAACUCUUGGAACAAUGACUGGGGAGAUAAAGGUUUCUUUAAGUUCCAGAGAGGCGAUAACCACUGUGAAAUGGAAAGAGAUAUCGUCGCUGGAGAACCUGAUUUAGAUGGGUUGUAAAUUCAAAUUGGUUUCUAUUUUUUUAUUUUCAAUUAAUU